AUGCGUGUGUGCUGGCUUGUGGGGAAAGAGAAAUGCAGUCGAAAAAUGAAGCUGCCACACAUGGAAGCAGUGGUAAUUGGGCGUGGCCCAGAGACUGGGAUAAUGGAUAAGAAGUGUUCACGGCAGCAAGUUCAGCUAAAAGCAGACUGUAACAAGGGGUAUGUCACAGUUAAGCAGAUAGGAGUCAACCCAACGAGUGUUGAUCUUGUGAAUAUUGGCAGGGAUGAAGAGGUGAAAAUGAAGCCAGGCCAAGUUCUGCAUAUUGUGAAUAAACUUUACCCCUACGUGGUGCAAUUUGCUGAAGAGUUAGGGAAAACUGUUACAGGGGCAGAAGAAAGAAUACAAACUGACAAGACACCAUGUGAGGACUCCAGCGAGAAUGAUGAUGUAGAGCUUGUGCCCAGAAAAACAAUGAAGAUGGAGGUGGUGGAUACACAAGGCAGUUCUGCAAAUCCCAAGCAAAGCAGUAUCAGUGUAUCUCCACAUGAAGGGACUUCAAGCAAAAAGGAACACUUAGGACACUGGAGUCAGGGUCUAAAUUGCUCCAUGCAAGAUCCGAAAAUGCAGGUUUACAAAGAUGAAAAGACUGUAGUCAUCAAGGAUAAAUAUCCCAAAGCACGUUACCACUGGCUUAUUUUACCAUGGGACCCCAUUUCAAGUCUGAAAUCAGUCAACAGGGACUAUCUUGAACUUCUGGAACAUAUGCAUGCAGUUGGGCAACAGAUGAUUGACCAAUGCCCUGCCAGAGAGAGUCUGGAGUUCAGGCUGGGCUACCAUGCUAUCCCCAGCAUGAGUCAGCUACAUUUGCAUGUAAUCAGCCAGGAUUUUGAUUCUCCAGCCCUGAAAACCAAAAAGCACUGGAACUCUUUUACUACAGAUUACUUCUUAAACUCUCAAGAUGUGAUAGAGAUGGUAAGAAGCAAGGGAAAAGUGGUGGUGAAAGAUCAUGUCUCUGAACUUCUCAAAUCGCCCCUCAGAUGCCAUUGUUGCAAACAGCAGCUGUCCACUAUCCCACAGUUAAAGGAACAUCUCAGGAAACAUUGGCCAAAAUGACUUUGCAAAAUAAUCUUACAGCCUUGUCUUCACAUGUCAGGCUAAAACAGAGACUUUGAAAUGUCAGUGGACAUGUAUGUUUUUUGUUAAUUGGAAUGACGAAUGUAAUGCAUGAAAAAGUAGCCUCGAAAUGGCAGCAUACUGACUUUGUAAUAGCUUAGACAAAAA